ACUGUGUUGAUCGAUAUUUAUUUGCAACAGCUGAAAAACUGUGGUCUGUGGAUAACAUCAUAAAUAACACUUUCUUUUUCGCCUUUUUAUAAUUCCGUUUCAUAAUGAGAUGGACCAACUUGAUCGCGGCAGCAGUUUUACUGCUGGUUUUCCUAGAAUCUGAAGGGAUAUCUGCUGCACGCUCUUUCACCAUCGACUAUGACAAGAACACAUUUCUUAAAGAUGGCCAACCCUUCCGCUACAUUGCUGGCUCCAUGCAUUACGCCAGAGUUCAUCCAAUGUACUGGAAAGAUCGACUGACGAAGAUGUAUAUGGCUGGACUGGAUGCUGUUCAAACAUACGUCCCGUGGAACUUUCACGAGCCCAAGCAGGGAUCCUUCGAUUUCGAGGCUGGAGCUGAUCUGGAAUCAUUCUUGCAAAUGGCUCAGGCUUCGGGGCUGCUGGUGAUUCUGAGGGCAGGGCCAUACAUCUGUGGAGAGUGGGACAUGGGAGGCCUACCGUCAUGGCUCUUGAAAAACCACGGCAUCAAGUUGCGUACAUCUGACCCAGUAUACUUGAAGUACGUUGACCAGUGGCUGGAUACGUUUCUACCCAAGAUUAAGUCCCAUCUCUAUGCCAAUGGCGGACCAAUUAUCACAGUUCAGAUCGAGAAUGAAUAUGGCAGCUACCCAGCCUGUGAUCACGAGUACAUGCGCCAUUUGCUCAGGCAGUUUAAAUCUCAUCUCGGGGAGGAUGUUGUGUUCUUUACAACGGAUGGACCGUCUCAAAGACUGCUGGAGUGUGGCUCCUUACAGGGCAUAUAUGCAACAGUGGAUUUUGGUGCAGGGGGUGACCCAAGUGCACGUUUUGCUGUACAGAGACAGUUUGAGCCAAAAGGUCCUCUGGUCAAUUCUGAGUAUUACACUGGCUGGCUGGACCACUGGGGGUCACCGCAUCAAACCAGGACGACGACAGGAAUUGUUGAUUCCCUGGAUAAAAUCCUGCAUCUUGGAGCUAACGUCAACAUGUACAUGUUUGAAGGUGGGACCAACUUUGCCUACUGGAAUGGAGCCAAUGGGAACGAGGCCUCGUACUCACCGCAGCCGACGAGCUACGAUUACGACGCACCACUGACUGAAGCUGGUGACCCAACCCAAAAAUACCUUGACAUCAGGACGCUCAUUGGAAAAUACAAAAAACUUCCACCGGGAAAUGUUCCACCGCCGACACCGAAGCAUGCCUACGGCAAAACGGACAUGAAUCGUAUCGCGACGCUAUACGAGGCAUUGGGUGUCAUCUCCCCCACUGGACCAAUAAGCACGGACUAUCCUAUGAGCAUGGAAGAUUUGCAACAGGAUUUCGGGUUCAUGUUGUAUCGAACCCAACUGAAAGCCAACUACACAAAGCCCACACCGCUGUUUAUUCCUGGCAUUCGUGAUCGUGGAUACGUUAUGGUAGACCAGAAACCUAUAGGAAUUCUUCAGCGCAACACACAUGUGACCCUCAACAUCGAUGGUCACGUCAACUCAACGUUAGACAUCCUCGUUGAAAACAUGGGUAGGCUAAACUACGGAUGCUGCAUAAACGACACAAAGGGCAUCAUCAGCAAUGUCACACUCGACAAUGUCGUCCUAAAAUCCUGGCAAAUCUACUCCCUCAACCUAAGUAAGGCUCACCCAAUGACCCUUCAGGCCAUUGCCAUGACAACGCCGGCCAAACUAGAAGACGUUCCGUCAGGACCGUUGGAGAUUCCGUCAUUCUAUAUUGGCACCUUGCCAAGCGGUCCGGCGGGGGGACCCCAAGACACCUUCUUGCAGAUGCCCGGUUGGUCCAAGGGUCAGGCUUUCAUCAACGGUUUCAAUCUGGGUCGCUAUUGGCCAGCAGAAGGUCCGCAGUUGACCCUCUACGUUCCAGCUUUCGUUCUGACGGCAACCAAAAACACCCUGGUCCUUUUUGAGACGGAACACUCGCCCUGCAACUCGUCCAACCCCUGCUCUGUGGAAUUUGUCGACAAGCCCAUACUCAACUCGACGAUUCCGCCUGUCGGGGAUAGGUUUGUCGUACCCGAGAUACAACAGGAAACGGAAAACAUGGACACUAUCCAAGAUUUUGACCUAAUUGAUGAAGAUGUAUUUGAAUGGGAAAGCAUGGCGUUGUCGGAAUUGGAUUCAUCCGAGAGCGGUGCUUCUUCUUGGGAGUAUGAAGUUGAUGAUCCUAGAUGGGUGGUGGACGGGAUACCAGACCCAGUUGAUGGACCUGAACCGUCAACUGAUCCCGUUGCCGAGGAAAAUGGCAAAAAUGAGGACAAUUCGUGGUUGGGUGUUGCAAAAGAUAUCGCCCUGUCUGCGGUGGAGAUCUUUGUUUACUUCACCAGCCUACCCGUGCUUGCCUGGGGUUAUUUGUAGGCACCACAAUUAAUCGCGCAAGGUGCGCAACAUUUCACGCUGCACAACUUUUCAGUUAUGACAAUUUCACGAAAGUUUCAAAGUGCGUAAAUUGGUGACUUACACAACAAACUAUGGUAUAACUUGUGCAGUCAUUUUAGGUGGCAUAUUUAGUUGUGGUGUAGCGACUGAAAAUGACCUCUUGUACCAGCAAAUCGUUAUUAUCAUGGAGCCUGUUUAUUAUGCACAAACUUAUCAAGGUAGUGAUACAAGAUCACAGAUUUGAGUUUUAAGUAAAAGAACAGCUGUUUUGUUGAGUCGGACAAACUACAUGUAUUAUUCAUAAUGGCGGGUGGAGUUGAUUCAACGGCUGUAUCAUGAACGAACAAAAUCAUAAACGAACAAUCGUCGGUAAUGCUGUAAUUAUCCUUGUCCCAGAUGUCAAGAUUAUUGAAAAUGUUCUGCAGCUACGCCAAAUUUCGUGAAAUUGAUCGUAGCUUUAUUGUGCAGCUGCCCAAUGAAUGUGUUACGCAAGUCCUAUGCUUGGUGUAAGUUACUCACUGUUUCGUGAAAUUGGCUGCAUCGCCUCAGUGCUUUUGCAUAGAGGGCGCUAUUUGCAUAAUUACUUGUGCGCUUAUUGAUCGUAAUAAAUGACGACCAUAUGAUAUAAUGUUGCCCAAUUUGAUGGAGUUAAUGUCAAUCAGAAUACAAUGAACAUAGCAGGCAUGUUGUCUGGUUAAACAAAUAUCAACUGAGCACCAGUUGCAAGAAAUUAAUAUUGUACUUUGAUUGGCUGGUAACCCGUUUUUGGUAUAAGCAAAUGUUUCAUAUGCUUUGCAUUUUCUGUGCCGCUUAGCAGUUUUUGGCAUAAUUGAGCUGAUCUGAGA